AUGCUUCUCUUUUCCGCUCUGGCACUGCUGUGCCUAUUACCUCUGAUCGCGCUUGCGGCAGAGGACUUCUACAAAGUCCUCGAACUCGACCGCGAUGCCUCCGAACGCGAACUGAAAAAAGCCUACCGCCGCCUCUCGAAGAAAUACCACCCCGACAAGAAUCCCGAUGACCACAAAGCCGCGCAGCGAUUCGUCGAGAUCUCCGAAGCCUUCGAAGUCCUCUCCGACGAGCAGAUGCGCAAGAUCUACGACCAGUACGGCCAUGAGGGUGUCAAGCAGCACAAAGAGCGAGGACAGGGUGGGGGCGGCGCGCGGAACCCCUUCGAUCUAUUCAGCCAGUUCUUUGGCGGCGGGGGACAUUUUGGCGGAGGGCAGCGCAAGGGGCCGAAUAUGGAGGUCAAGGUGGCUUUCCCGUUGAAGGAUUUCUACACGGGUGCGGUGCAUGAGUUUAAGAUCAAUAAGCAGGUGGUUUGCGAUACGUGUGAGGGGUCAGGCGCUGAGGAUGGAGAAAGAGAUCGGUGUCAUAAGUGUAAUGGGCAGGGGAUGGUUAUUCAGAAGCAGAUGCUGGCGCCGGGCAUUUUCCAGCAGAUGCAGAUGCAGUGCGAUCAGUGCGGUGGAAGGGGCAGCAUUAUCAAGCACAAGUGCCAUAAGUGCAAGGGUGAGAGGGUGGUCAGGCAAGAAGAGGCGUACGACAUCGAUAUUCAGAAGGGAAUGCCCAGAGGCGUGCGGAUCAACUACGAGAACGAGGGAGAUGAGAAUCCUGAUUGGAUUGCGGGAGAUCUGGUGGUGCAUUUGGUCGAGUCAGAGCCAGAGCUGUCGACAGACGAGAAGGACAAGACCGAUGGCACAUUCUUCAGACGGAAAGACCAGAAUCUCUUCUGGCGCGAAGUGCUGUCACUGCGGGAAGCGUGGAUGGGCGACUGGACGAGGAACCUCACCCAUCUGGACGGCCACGUCGUUCAGCUCUCUCGCAAACGCGGCGAAGUCGUACAACCGGGCGCUGUGGAAGUCGUCGAGGGCGAAGGCAUGCCUGUCUGGCGCCACGAGGAUGGACCCGAAUAUGGCGCUCUGCACAUCGAGUACGUCGUCGUUCUACCCGACCAGAUGGAGAAGGGCAUGGAGAAGGAGUUCUGGGAGACGUGGGAGAAGUGGCGGAAGAAGAAGGGUGUGGACCUGCAUAAAGACAGUGGGAGACCAGCGCCCCGUCACGAUGAGCUAUAG